UCGACCUCGUACAGAGAAUCAGAUCCGACGGCUUCCUAAGAUUCCGAACGAUGAACAAUACAACAGUCAAUGCUACACAGACACCAAGCGUCAACCCAAACAACUGCAAUASUAUUCCAUGCCUUUUCACUACUGCUGAGCUUGUCGUGAUAGCAAUAUGCUCGUUCGCCGUUAUCCUGGUUGCUACUGUUGCAAAUACAUGCACAGGAAUUGUGUUGAUARCGUCCAAAAAUCUCAGGAACAUUUCCAGCAUUUCGAUCAUAAGCCUUACACUGGCAGAUCUUCUUCUGUCCAUCUUUGUAGCACCAUUUUUGAUCAUAUCUGUCUUCUUUGUCAAUGKCUGGGUGUUCGGAGCUGUAAUGUGCAAACUGUACGUGUUCAUUCAGCGCGUAGCAGUGAGUGCUAUUCUCCUUAACCUUCUUGUUGUGUCCUUGGAAAGGUUCUUGGCGGUAUGUUUUCCUUUCUUCCUGCGCAURCGUCAGAAGCUCUUCUUGUAUGCUAUCAUCUUGGUUUGGAUCGUUGCCGUUGCCAUGUCAACCCCGGACUUAUUUUACAUGCGUCUGUUUAUGCUGAAAGACGGCGGUGAGGGGUGUUUCAGUGAGCAAUCUGUGCAGUCCGCGUUGUUCCAAUCUUUUCACGAGAUGUUCUUUUUUGCCGCAGUAGCUAUAAUGCUUCCUAUGCAGAUAAUCACGAUUUGUUGCCUGCAUAUCAAGGGAGCAGCCCUCAAAGAAAACUCCCAUGCAAACUACAUCCGUCGCCGCAAUGCAUGGAUUAAAAAUCAGUCAGCCGCGCCCUUUUUUCAAGAUUAUCGUGAUCUUUUAGUGAUCCUUUCGAAAAUUUCCGACGAGCAUCCCCGAUACUUUUACCCCAGCCGGAGUCCCCCCUCCGGGGACUCACUGUACACAAACACGUCAUCUACUUGA